AUGGUGCAAUCCACGCCCAGCAUGACCACAGUUGCCAUCUCCUCCAUGAUCUGGGAAUAUCAUGGAGACGCAGGCGCGCCUACGGCGGGCGGGUAUUUUUAUACGGCGCAUGAAAAUGACCGCCCCUACCCUUUAUACGUUGGGGGGGGGGGAGGGGGGUUGUACCGAAGACCACCUCUUGCGCUCAAUGGACAAGCCAUAGUCCACAGCCUCACUGAAAAUAAUAAGAAAAGGGUGUGGGCUAGCAGAAUGGUAAGGGAUGACGAACUGUACAUAGUGCAGCUUCAAGGCAUUCCUGGCAUCAGUCUCCCAACUACGCUGGUCGUCAAGAAGUGCCUGAACGUGAACCUAGCACUACAAGUGGACGACAAUGUCAAGUACCGCUACAAUUCGGAGAUGUUCCUGUUAGCCAGCAAUUCUCGCGACAACAUCAUCAAAGUCGUAGACCUCAUCCAGAGAGAAGACGCCAUCAUGCUCGUUUAUGAGUAUCCGGUGAAUGUCAGCCUUCAAUCCUGGCUGCACCAACCCAUGGAUGAUGUUCGGCCGCUGAGCUGGCCACAGAGGAGGGUCAUCGCCAUCGGCAUGGCCAAAGGGCUCUGCCACAUGCACUACAGAUGCAAAAGGCCGAUCAUCCACCACAACAUCAACUCGAACAACAUCUUGCUUGAUCAGAAUUUCAAGCCCGUAAUAGCCAGUUUUGACGCUGCACAGAUGAAUAUGGCCGGACUCGACCAACCGUUGCCAAUUGUUGGCCUGCCUCUUGGUAACUUUGGAUACGCAGCUCCAGAAUAUGGGGUGGCAGCAAGCGAGCUGACGGAGAAGGUUGACACAUACAGCUUUGGGGUGCUCAUGCUGGAGCUCGUCACGGGGCGGAUGGCUAAUGAAGCUGGAGCGGAUGGUCAUUUGGCGACUUGGGAACGAAACAACUUCACUAAACUGAUGGCAAACCAACAUGAAAUGUUCCAGAGUGCCGUGGACAGGGACAUCCCAGAUCAAGCGCGGUACAUGGAGGAGAUGGCAAUUGUGUUCAUGCUGGGUGUGGAUUGCACAGUUGGGAAUCCACAGCAAAGGCCGUCCAUGCGGAUGGCUCUCAAACGACUCCGCUGCAGCUUUGUGCGUGGUCCAUUCUGUGGCCUCCUCGCUUGCUAUCUGCUGUGAUGCUUGUUGUCUUUUCUAGAAAGAUCACGUCAUGAAUGAAUGGUUCAUAGGAUGACUCGGUUGAAUUAAUUUGUAGAUACAUCUCAAGUACAAGUAGUGAUAUGGACUAUCCUGCCUUUUUCUGAGAACAUUUUGCUGUCCAGUUGUGUUCACCUCUGCAAAAUU